ACACAUGCUAUAUCAUAAAACAAUGACUAAAAACAGGAUAAAAAGCCAUGAAAACAUAAAGAAAGGUCAACAUGUCCCCUGGUCUGAACAGAGAGACGGGUCCAGAUGGAAGGCUUGUGUUGUCCCUUAGGUCACUGGGAUGUAUAAGUUAUAUAGGCUGAGCAGUUCUCAUUUGUCCUGGGAGGUUGUUCCAGAGUCCCUGAAGGCCACACCUCCAGGGGGAGGAUGGGCCUCUCAGCGGCCCAGGAGAGGAGCUCUCAGACGGACUGAAGAGCUCCAGGAACAGCAGGGACACGAACAGAGACAUGAAGGGAGACAUGAAGGGAGACAUGAAGGGAGACAUGAAGGGAGACAUGGCUGAACCCAGAUCGGAUGAACUCGUCUUCUUCGUGAACGGGAAGAAGAUCGUGGAGAGGAGCGCAGACCCUGAGACCACUCUGCUGACGUACCUGAGGAGGAAAUUGGGUCUAACAGGCACUAAGCUGGGCUGUGCAGAGGGGGGGUGUGGAGCCUGCACCGUCAUGCUGUCCAGGGUCCAGACGCCCAGCCAGAACAUUCUACACCACUCUGUGAACGCCUGCUUGUUGCCGCUAUGCUCUCUUCACAUGGUUGCCGUGACGACGGUGGAGGGCAUCGGCAGCGUGGCGAGGAAACUGCACCCUGUCCAGGAGCGUAUCGCGAGGUCUCAUGGCUCUCAGUGUGGAUUCUGCACUCCAGGGAUCGUCAUGUCCAUGUAUUCUCUGCUGAGAAACAACGCCUCGCCCAACAUGGCCGACCUGGAGGACGCCUUCCAGGGAAACCUGUGUCGCUGCACCGGAUACCGACCAAUCCUGGAGGGGUUCAAGACCUUCACUGUGAGGGGGGGGUGCUGCGGUGGAAAGGGGCGGGACAACGGCUGCUGUAUGUCCAAUGGGAACGCAGCGCAGAAAAACGAAGAGGAAGACGAACAUGAAGCGACGUCUCUAUUUAACGCUGAAGACUUCGCGCCCUUUGACCCCACGCAGGAGGUCAUCUUCCCUCCUGAACUCAUGACCCUCUCCAGAGGUCAGAGGUCGUCCUCUCUGUGUUUCCGGGGCUCUCGGAGCACCUGGUUUCAGCCCGGCUCUCUGCAGGAGCUCCUGAAUCUGAAGUGGGAACACCCCGAGGCCCGGGUGGUGGUGGGGAACACCGAAGUGGGGAUCGAGGUGAAGUUUAAGAACAUGGUGUACCCUGUGAUCCUCGCUCCGGCCUUCCUCCCCGAGAUGAGCCACGUCACACACACUGAGGACGGUAUUGAGUUUGGAGCAGCGUGCACGCUCAGCCACAUGGGGGCGGUACUGAGGGCAGCGCUGGAGACUCUUCCUCCUCAUCAGACCGAGGUCUUCCUCGCCGUCCUGGAGCAGCUACGCUGGUUCGCUGGACUGCAGAUACGCAACGUGGCCGCGGUGGGAGGGAACAUCAUGACGGCCAGCCCCAUAUCGGACCUCAACCCUGUGUUCAUGGCAGCUGGCUGCAAACUCACGCUGGUGGACAAAGACGGCAGCAGGGAGGUUCAGAUGGACGACAGCUUCUUCACCGGCUACAGGAAGACCAUUCUGCGCCCGCAGGAGAUCCUGCUGUCCAUCCUCAUCCCGUACAGCAAGAAGAAUCAGUUCGUGUCGGCCUUCAAACAGUCUCCUCGGCGUGAGGACGACAUCAGCGUCGUGACGGCAGCGAUGAGCGUCGUCUUCUCCUCAGGGACGGACAUCGUGGAGGAGCUGAGGCUGAGCUAUGGAGGCAUGGCGGCCACUACCAAACUGGCCAUGAAGACGGGGAACAAACUGCUGGGAAGGCCUUGGGGGGAGGAGCUCCUGCAGGAAGCUUGCUCCUCAUUGGCCGAGGAGAUGACCCUCGACCCCUCUGCGCCCGGCGGCAUGGUGACGUAUCGGCGAACUUUGACCCUGAGUCUCUUCUAUAAAUUCUACCUGACGGUUCUCCAGAAGCUCAGAGAUCAGGGGGUGAAGGGGGAGGAGCUUCAGUCUGAAUACCUGAGUGCAUCAGAGAUCUUUCACCCAGAGACCCCCUGCAGUGCUCAGAUCUACCAGGCGGUGCCAGAGGGGCGGAGCCUGGAGGACGUGGUGGGACGUCCCAUGAUGCACCUCUCUGCGCUGCAGCAGGCGACCGGCGAGGCUCUGUACUGCGACGACGUACCGCUGUACGAGAACGAGCUCUACCUGGCGUUCAUUACCAGCACAAAGGCACACGCUAACAUCAUCUCUAUAGACUCCUGUGCAGCGGAGGAGAUGCCAGGCGUUGUCUGCUGUGUGUUUGCCUCUGAUAUUCCGGGCAGUAACGCUACGGGACCGAUCCAUUACGACGAGACGGUGCUCGCUGACCAACAGGUGACGUGUGUCGGACACAUCAUCGGAGCCGUGGUGGCAGAAACUCAGCUGGAAGCUCAGAGAGCAGCUAAAGCUGUGAAGGUUCAAUACGAGGAGCUGAAGCCCAUCAUCACCAUACAGGAAGCCAUCGCUAACCAGUCCUUCUACCAGCCGUUCAGAACCAUCCAGAACGGAGACCUGGAGGCGGGCUUUAAGCAGGCCGACCACAUCCUGGAGGGUGAGAUGCACAUUGGAGGGCAGGAGCAUUUCUACCUGGAGACCAACGUCACCCUGGCUGUUCCUCGAGAGGACGGAGAGAUGGAGCUGUUCGUGUCUACGCAGGCUCCCACCAAAACACAGUCUCUGGUGGCGAAGGCUCUGGGCGUCUCGGCCAAUCGGGUGGUGGUGCGGGUGAAGAGGAUGGGGGGGGGCUUCGGGGGGAAGGAGUCCCGCACCACGCUGCUGUCCACCGUGGUCGCCGUGGCAGCCAACAAGCUACGGAGGCCUGUGAGGUGCAUGCUGGACCGAGACGAGGACAUGUUGAUCACUGGGGGGAGACACCCCUUCUACGGGAAAUACAAGGUGGGUUUCCUGAACAGUGGAAAGGUUGUGGCUCUGGACGUGUCGUACUACAGUAACGUAGGACACUCCAUGGACCUCUCUCUGUCGGUGAUGGAGCGCGCUCUCUUCCACAUGGAGAACUCAUACAGUCUGACCAACGUUAGAGGCCGUGGCUUCCUGUGUAAAACCAACCUGCCGUCAAACACCGCCUUCAGAGGCUUCGGAGGACCUCAAGGGAUGAUGGUGACGGAGAACUGGAUCACUGACGUGGCUCAGAGCCUGGGGAAGCCUUCUGAUGAGGUGCGUCGGUUGAACCUGUACAUGGAGGGCCAGUCGACGCCCUAUAACCAGAUCCUGGGUCAGUUCACGUUGGACCGCUGCUGGGACGAGUGCAUGUUACGCUCGGAGUACCAACAGCGCCGCGCCGCCAUCGAACUCUACAACAAACAGAACCGAUGGACCAAGCGAGGCCUUGCCAUCGUUCCAACAAAGUUUGGCAUCAGCUUCACCGCCCUCUUCCUCAACCAGGCCGGCGCUCUGGUUCACAUCUACACUGACGGCUCUGUGUUGUUGACUCACGGCGGGACGGAGAUGGGACAAGGACUCCACACCAAGAUGGUCCAG